UAAGUCAAACGAGUGGUUUAAGUCUAUGACCACGAAGAAAUCAGGAAACUUCAUACAACUUUCCUCAACUCUCCAACACAAUCCUACACUUCAUCUAACGUUAUUAACAAGAAACAGUUUCUACCAUCAUCUCAAAAAAAAGAAAAAAAAAAUUAAAUGUCUACAAUUCCUCUAUUAGUUUCUUUUUUCUCAAACUGAGCACAGAGAAAGUUUUAUACUAUCAAUCGUUCCAGCCUCUUCGUCUCCUCGACCUUGACUGACAACGUGAUCCGCAUCCUCAAGGUCCUCUCUAUUCGCUUAUGAUUGACUUUGUGUAAAUUCUGUGUGUGUAUUUUUUCUCUGUUUUUAGUUUGUGCUCAAUAUCUAUUUGGAUGAUGGGAAAGUAGAGGAAAAGAGGAGGGAAAUAAAAUAUGCUUCCGGGAGUUUGUGUUUUCCUGUUGUUUUAUAUCUGAAAAUUUCCUCAUAUAGCAACUUUCGAAAAGCUAACUGUAUUGGUAUAUUAGGGUAUCGUUGUAAAUAUGAUAUCAUUUGUAUUCUUAGGGAAACAGAAUAUGCUUCUGGGAUUUUUUUUUUUUUUUUUUGGUAAACGCUUCUGGGAGUUUGUGUUUUCCUGUUGUUUUAUAUCUGAAAUUUUCCUCAUAUAGCAACUUUCGAAAAGCUAAUUGUAUUGGUAUAUUAGGGUAUCAUUGUAAAUAUGAUAUAAUUUGUAUUCUUUUGGAUAAACUAAUGGAUUAUGGGAUGUGUUCUAAAAAGUAAAUAAAUGAAUAACUUUCUAAUGGGAGAUGCAUCAUUGAAAUAAAUCGUUCUCUUCUUCACUAAUUUUUUUUUUUCUUUUUUCCAAUUUAAUUGAAUGUACUUUUUUUAAUCUUUAUUGUGGUUCAAGGUUUGCCCGUUAUUUCCAAUGGCUUCCAUGAGCAUUGAAAAAGCCUCAUCUUUGUCAUUAUUUUCUUCUUCGAUAUCAAGAUGGAAAUAUGAUGUUUUUCUCAGUUUUAGAGGUGAGGACACUCGUAAUAGUUUUACAGACCAUCUAUAUGCUGCUUUGAAACAAAAGGGCAUUGUUACUUUUAGAGAUGAGGAAAACCUUGAGAGAGGAAAAUCUAUAUCACUAGAGCUCUUGAAAGCAAUUGAAGAAUCAAGGUUUGCAAUUGUUAUCCUCUCAAGAAACUAUGCAUCUUCUAUUUGGUGUUUGGAUGAACUUGUAAAUAUCAUUAGAUGUAUGAAAGAGACGGGAAUGAUAGUUAUGCCGACUUUUUACAAUGUGCAUCCAUCAGAUGUACGGAAACAAACAGGAACCUUUAUUGAAGCCUUUAAUGAACAUGAAGAAAAAUUGAAAGAGAACAUAGAAAAGGUACAAACAUGGAGAGCUGCUUUAAGAGAAGUGGCCAAUCUCUCUGGGUGGCAUGUACAAGAUAGGUCUGAGUCAAAUAUUGUCCAAAACAUUGUUGGACAAUUAUGGCAUAAAUUGAGUUAUUCAUUCUCAGAAGAUACCAAAGAUAUGGUAGGAAUAGAAUCUCGUGUGAGGAAAUUGGAGUCAUGUUUGGCUAUUGGAUUAAAUGAUGUUCGCAUUAUAGGGGUUUGGGGGAUGGGGGGAAUAGGUAAAACAACUCUUGUUAGAGUUGUUUUUCGUAUGAUUUCUAAUAAAUUUGAAGGUUGUUGUUUUCUUGCUAAUGUUAGGAAAAUUUCUAAAAAAAAUGGUUUCAUUCCAUUACAAGAACAACUUAUUCUUCAAAUUUUGAAUGAGAGUAUGUGUAUAAAAGAUGUUGAUGAUGGAGUUUUUGUGAUCAAGAAUAGGUUACGACAUAAGAAAAUUCUUCUCAUUCUUGAUGAUGUAAGUCAAUUGGACCAAUUAAACAAGUUAGCUGGGAAGCAUAUUUGGUUUGGUUCAGGUAGUAGAGUUAUCAUAACAACAAGAGAUAAGCAUUUGCUUCAAACACUUGGAGUAGAUGGAAUAUAUGAGGCUAAUGGAUUGAAUGAUGAAGAAUCUCUACAACUUUUUAGUUUAAAAGCUUUUAAAAAAGACCAUCCUCCUAAAGAUUAUCUAAAGUUGUCCAAAGAUUUUGUAUAUUAUGCUAAAGGCCUUCCUUUAGCUAUUGAGAUUUCGGGUUCCUUUUUGUUUGGCCGAAGCAUUGAGCAAUGCAAAAGUAUAUUAAAUAGGCUUAAAGAAUUUCCUGCAAGUGAUAUUCUCCAAGUACUUAGAAUAAGUUUUGAAGAACUACAUGAAACAGAGAAGGAAAUAUUCUUACAUAUUGCAUGUUUCUUCAAUCAUAAGAAGAAAAUUGAUGUAGUAGAAAUACUAGAUAAUCUUGGUUUGUACUCUGAUGUUGGAUUAGAGAUUCUUUUUGAUAAAUCUCUUCUAAAAUUUGUUGGUGGUAGUGUGUGGAUGCAUGAUUUACUACAAGAAUUGGGAAAGAACAUAGUUUAUGAAGAGUGUCCUAAAGAGUCGGGAAAGCGUAGCAGAUUGUGGUUGUUUGAGGACAUUAACGAUGUACUAACAGAAAAUAUGGGAACAGAAGCAAUUCAAGGUAUAGUUCUAAAGUUGCAUGAGCCAAAAGUGGCAUAUUGGAAUCCUGAAUCUUUUUCAAAGAUUAAUCAUCUUAAAAUGCUUAUAAUUGAUAAUAUUCAACUUCAACAUGAUCUAAAAGGUCUUCCUAAUGCCUUGAGAUUUCUUGAUUGGAGUGGAUACCCUUCAAAAUCUUUCCCAUCAAGUUUCCAACAAAAGUCUCUUGAGAGGUUGAAAUUCAUCAGAUUGAAGAAAUCCCUAAAACUAAAUGAAACCCCUGACUUCAGCAAAAUCCCAAAUCUUGAGAAAUUAGAUCUUCAAGGUUGUAUUAAUUUACCAGGGGUGCACCCAUCAAUUGGGGUUCACAAAAAGCUUACUCUUGUCAAUCUAAAAGGUUGCAAAAACCUCAAAACUCUCCCAAGAAAGUUUGAAAUGGAGUCCCUUGAGAUUCUUAUCCUUUCUAGCUGUUCAAAAAUUAAAAGAAUUCCAGAAUUCGGGAAAAGCAUGAAACAUUUAUUAAAGCUUUACUUGGAUGACACUGCAAUUACAAAACUACCCACAUCAAUUGAGCAUUUGGCUGGCUUAGCUUCAUUGAAUUUAAGAAAUUGUGAAAAUCUUUUGUGGUUACCCAACACCCUUUUUAAUUUGAAGUUGCUUAGAGAUGUGGACCUUUCUGGGUGUUCAAAACUUGAGAAACUACCUGAGAACUUGGGGAAUGCAGAAAAUAUAGAGGAGUUAGAUGUGAGUGGAACAGCUAUAAGACAGGUGCCUUCUUCCAUUGGUCUCUUAAAAAAUUUCAAAGUGCUAUAUUUUCGUGGAUGUAAGAGAUUAUCAUCAUCUUAUAAAUCAUGGUAUGAGCGCCUCCUAUUUUAUUCAAUGCCAAGAAGCCCCAAUCCCUUGGAUUUGUUAUUAUAUUAUCUCUCAAGUUCAUGUUCUAUGACCAGGUUGGAUCUAAGUAACUGCAAUCUCAAAGAAAUCCCCAAUGAUAUUGGUUGCUUGUUCUCUUUAGAAAAAAUAAAUCUUAGUGGAAAUGAUUUUUUUUGGCUUCCUAGUAGCAUUGGUCGACUAUCUAAUUUGACACAGAUGAGGUUGUAUAAUUGCAUGAGUCUUCAAUCAUUUCCCAAGCUUCCAUUAAAUAUUCGUUCCAUUGGGGCAAGAGGUUGUAUCUCACUAGAAAUGUUACCAGAUCUACUACAAUUAAAUGAUUCAAUUAAACCAUCUCUUUUUCUUGAGAAUUGCUUGAAAUUGACAGACAAUCAAGGCUUCAUUGACAUGUUCAUUGCGGUGAUAAAAAAGAUCCUUCAGGGACUCCCUCUUCAAUACAGAAAUUAUAGAAGAUAUGGAAUUGUUGUUCCUGGAAGUCAUAUUCCAGAGUGGUUUAGCUAUCAAAGUAUGGGGGCUAAAGUGAAUAUAAAAGAACCAUCUCAUUUGUGCAAUGAUUGGAUGGGAAUUGCUGUUUGUGCUGUAUUUUUUUCACCUCACCAAAUUGAUGACCACCGUGAUUUUAUCUUUUAUUUGAUAGCCAAUGGAAAAAAUUUAUCUUUAAGGCCAUGCAUGAACUACAUGCCUAAGGUUUUAUCUGAUCACCUUUGGCUAUUCUAUUUUUUUCCUCAAUACUAUGACAAGGAUGACAUAAAAUUAUUGUGGGAAUGUGAUACAAAUGGAUUUAGUCAAAUUGGCAUUAGAAUUGAAAUCGAAGCUUUAGGCUUGGAGGUGAAGAAAUGUGGGUUCCGCAUGGUAUACAAGAAAGACAUUGAAGAUCUCAACCAGACUAUGACUCAAUGUAGCAACAAUUGCAUCACCGCUUUUAAGGGCUUGGAUGUUCUCCAUCAUAAUUUCAACAAAGUCAAGCGAAACCGUGAUGACUAUGAUGGAACUAGGCCUAGCGGAGAAGGAAGGUCUAAUGAUGUACCACACCCAAAAAGGAUUGAAGGGCUCAGAAAAUUUAUGGCGCUUGAUAACUCUGAUUGUAAGGAUUUAAGUGAGUAUGAGGAAUGUGGUGGGGAGUUGAGUGAUUGGGAGAAAUCUAGUGAAAGUAACCUUGAAGGCUAAUCAACUUUUUCGUCUCCAUUACUAGAAUGAGAAGAUUUCAGAUUAAUCUACAAGGGCUUUACAUGCAAAGUGGGGCUAGGCCAAUUGAAUCAAGUCAACUUACAUUCAGCCAGUCAUGAAUUCAAGAGAUUAUUCAAGUUGGGUUGGAAAGUUAAUUUAAAGGGCUACAACUUUGUAGUUUACCAAAAGCCCGAAUUUUGAAGUUAAAUGGGCCAAAAUAGUCGGUUAAUUAAAGCCUAAAAAUCUGGGAUUUUCUUCAAACGGGAAUUCAACUUGUAAUAGGAUUCCUUGACCUAUUUAAAAGCUCUUUAGGGCAAAAUUCAGGGAGGCCAGUGCUAGGGCUGCAGGUGCCGCAUUGAAGGUUUUUUUUUUUGGAGUCUUUCUGAAGAGGAGGAUUUGAGGACAAAGGCGAGAGCUUCAUGUUGAUCAACCAAUUCCGAUGAAAGACAUAAGUUUUAUUUGUUUUUCUUUUCAAUUUGAUUAUGAACUAAAUUUUAUUUUCUAGAGCGUUGAUGUAGUCUAACAAUGAACACACAAUUUAUAUUUUGAGUUAUUUUAUUUUUAA